AUGGAGCCAGAGGAAGAGCCUGGUGGAGCUGCAGUCAGAGAAGUGUAUGAAGAGGCUGGUGUAAAGGGGAAGUUAGGAAGACUCCUGGGAAUUUUUGAGCAGAACCAAGAUAGGAAACACAGAACGUAUGUGUAUGUUCUCACCGUGACAGAAGUGCUUGAAGACUGGGAGGAUUCUGUGAGCAUUGGACGAAAGAGGGAAUGGUUUAAAGUUGAAGACGCUUUGAAAGUGUUGCAGUGCCACAAGCCUGUACAUGCAGAAUAUUUAGAAAAACUGAAAUUAGGAUGUUCCCCAACUAAUGGAAACUCUGUGGUCCCACCUAUAUCAGACAACACAUCUCUGUAUGUAACCUCUGCACAGACUUCUAGCUUACCCUCAAGUGUGAGAUAA